UCAAAUCGCCGUUUGUUUUCAUACGACAGCCCUCGUUCGAUUGUCCGGCCCUAGUUCUUUCUUUUUUGACGUGACCAGCGAGAAAAAUGGUGAAGAUCAAGUGCUCAGAAUUGAGAACCAAGGACAAGAAGGAGCUCACCAAGCAAUUGGAUGAGCUCAAGAAUGAGCUUCUCAAUCUGCGUGUGGCUAAGGUCACCGGUGGAGCACCAUCCAAGCUGUCCAAGAUCCGCGUUGUCCGCAAGGCCAUCGCACGCGUCUACAUUGUGAUGCACCAGAAGCAGAAGGAGAAUCUGCGCAAGGUCUUCAAGAACAAGAAGUACAAGCCUUUGGAUCUGCGCAAGAAGAAGACACGCGCGAUGCGUAAGGCCCUGUCGCCACGCGAUGCCAACCGCAAGACCCUCAAGGAAAUCCGCAAGCGUUCCAUCUUCCCACAACGCAAAUAUGCUCUUAAAGCAUAGAAAACAAAUUA